AUGGGUAAACUGUCCCCAACUUGGGCAUGUUCAUUUUCAUGGUUUUCUCUUUUCACUUUUUUUCAUAUAAGCUUUCAGAUCAUUGUUGAUGUGCCGUUGUCUUCUCUUCUGGUUGUGCUUUUCACUUUGCCCAACAUAUUGUUUUCUUUCUUCUCACUUUUCUUGACUUCUGUUUGUUGUCCACCAUUUUGCAGCGUAUCAAGUGUAGGAGAAUUUGAAGAUGAAAUUGAAGUGUUUUUGAGAAUGAGAAUAAAGUUUAUUCAUCUGUUUAUUCUUUGCAUCCCCUCCUUGAUACAUUUGUUCAUCUCUUUCACUAUAUUGCAUUUUGUUUACUCUUUUCUUUUUAUAUGCUAUUACACUACUUUUUCUUUCUUCAUCUUUACCUUGGUUGAUUUUGGUUUUCUUUCUUCACUUUUCUCCCAUUUUGUUGCUUUUUAUUUUUCUUUCUCUCCAGUGUUUCUUCUUUUUGUCAUUUCAUAUUUAUUUUUCUUUUCUUCCUUUAUCCCACCACAUUUUUCUCUUUGCUUAUCUUCAAAAUUUUCUUUUCAAGUCAUUUCUUUUUCUUUUUACUUCAAAGUUUUCCUUUCUAUUUAUCAUUCUUUCAUCCUAAUUUUUUGUUCUUUCGGUCAAAAUCUUUCUUUCUCUUUGUUUCCUCCAAAGUCCUCCUUUUUACCAAAGUUUUUUUUUCUUCUUUCCUUUCUUGAGUUGAAUUUGUUUGUUUCCUUCCUGCUAAUUUUUAUUUUUUUAUCCUUUAUCCCUCUCUAUUUUCCCAUCUUUUCUUUUUUCAAAUCAAUUUUUCUCUUUUCUUUUCUCCCUCUCUCAUUCAUUUCUUACUGCCUCACUUUCCUACUUUCAUCUUUUCUGUCUUUCACAUCUCUCACUUUACUUUAG